GUUGGUUCCAACAUUUUUCUCGUGGUGCCAAUCCUAUUACAGUAAUUACAGCCAAGUAGGAGAUUUAGCAGGAAAGCUACACCGGAGAGGGCUUUUAACGGCUAGGACGCAUUACCCUCGGGGCGCAAAGCCGCCACGAUGGGUGUGAAGGAAAAGGAGGAUGGAUCUGGCCAGUAUUCACCAAGCGGCCUUGCAUUGCUUCUUUCGGACGGCAGCAGCGGACCCAAGCUGGCUGAGGCUGCAAUUGAGGACGAUGAGGUCGCGGCUGCAGUGCAUGUUUUUGACAUUAAAGAUGAGCUACUUAAUGGCGAUGACAUGUACACUCGUCUGAGUGAUCUUGUCGCUCAGCGUACCCAACAGUAUGAGCGCGAAGGACACGGCAGCAGUGCGCGAGAUACCAGGCCUGGACGUUUAGGUCCCAGCGUAGUUGGUGUCGACUGCGUAUCAGGCCGGCUUGAAACCAGCGCCAGCGGUACCCUAACAUCAACCGCAAAUUUCUCCUCAUGCCGGGCCAAUGCGUGUGUCUUCAAGGGCAAGUGGCAGUACGAAGCAACCAUCUGCUCGUCGGGCAUCAUGCAGAUUGGUUGGGCGACUCUUCAAUGCCCGUUCACUUCAGAGGAGGGAGUCGGAGAUGCUCCUGAUUCCUACGCCUACGACGGAAAGCGCGUCAAGAAGUGGCACGUCAAGUGCACCCAAUACGGCGAGGCCUGGGCCGCCGGUGACGUCAUCGGCUGCUGUCUCGACCUAGACCGCGGCGAGGCCUCCUUCUACCGCAACGGCCGCAGCCUGGGUGUUGCCUUCACCUCCAUCCGCACCCUGCAGCCCCACCUCGCCUACUUCCCCGCAGCCAGCCUCUCCUACGCGGAGCGCUGCGAACUCAACUUCGGCGCCGCUCCGCUGCAGUACCCCGCACCCGGCUUCCAGCCGCUGCAGGCGCCGCCCCCCGCCGGCCAGCUGGCGGCUGCGGGGCACCUGCUGGGCUGCAUGGAGCGGCUGGUGACGGACGUACGACCCCGGGGCGAUGUGGGUCGGGACGGCGGGGGUAGCAGCACCGGUGGCAGCAGCACCGGAGGUUACCCAGAUCAGGGUAGCGGUAACACAGCAGCAGCAGCAACAGCAGCAGCAGCAGCAUCCGGAGGCUACCCCCCAGGUCAGCAGCAGCAGAUCCAAGGGGCGCCGCAGCAGCUGGCAGCAGGUGCGGGCGACCGCCCCGCCCCCUCCUUCCGCCUGUCCCCCGACUCCUGGCUGCUGCUGGGCAGUGUGGCGGCCGAGCAGCUGGCGCCGCUGCUGCUGGAGCCGUACGUCAUCAGCGGGGUGCUGCUGCCGCGACUGCUGGGGCUGGCGAAUGGCGGCAGUGGGGGCGGAGAGGGCAGCGCCGCCGCCUCCACCUCCUCCUCCUCAGCAGCUGCAGCACCCGCUCAAGCAGCCGCAGCACCGCCCUCAGGAUCACCCUGCAUGUCCCCACAGCAGCACCCACAGCAGCAGCCCCUCUCCGGCAUGCUACAGCUCCUAGAGCUCUGCCUGGAGCCCGAGCUGCUCUCCGCUGUCGUCAACUGCCUCAUGGAGGCCCUGGCGCGGCGCUGUGUCUCCGCGCCGCUGCAGCCCGCCCUGCUCCCGCACUCCUCCUCCUGCCCCUACCUAGCCCUGGCAGCGGCCAUUGCGGCCCGCCCCGCGUUGCGCGCCGUGUGGCUGCGGCACCCCAACAUGUGGGAUACGUUGGAGGGGCUGCUGACGCGCAAGGGGCCGGCGCCGGAGGACCUGAGGGCGCUGCUGCCGGUGGUGUGGUGGCGCGGGUGUGCGGAGGAGGGGGGCGAGCGGGAGCGCAUGCGGGGGGCGCUGCAGGCGCUGAGCACCGCAAUGGCCCGGGUAGAGGAGCUGCAGUACACGCUGCUGAGCUGCCUGCUGGGCAGUGCGGGGGCGUCGGGCGACCCACGGGACGAUGCGCUGGUGGGCUUCCUGCGCUUCCUGGUGCUCAAGAACCGGGGGGCCACAAGGGACGUGCCGCCACCGGGACUGUCGGACUCCACGGUGCUCAUCAGCGCCUACCUGGUGCUGCUGCGCAUGCUGCGGGUGGUGCUGCCCGCCACCACCGCCUUCCCAGCGGGGGCGCUGUUCGUGAAGACCGCCCUGAAGGCCGACCUGGAGCCGGUCAACGGGCUGGUGCGGCUGGGUGGUAUCGUGACGCAUCUCACCCGCGAGGCGCCCGUCACCGCACCCGAGGAGCUGCAGCCGCUGCAGCUGGGGCAGCCGGCCCUGACACCGCAGCCGGCCCUGCAGCAGCAGCAGCAGGGAGACAUGGGGCAGCAGCCGCAGCCGCCGCCGCAGCAGCAGCAGGAGGCUGGCAGGGCCGCUGCCGCCGCCUCACCCUCAUCCUUGCCUGCGGGUGGUGCAGCAGCUGCAGCAGCAGCGGCAGGAGGGCUGGUUGCUGCCCCCCCCUGCGCCGCUGACGAGUGGGUGUUGUCCCGUGUGGCUGGGCGGCCGGCGCUGGCGGGUGAGCUGCUGGAUGCGGCGAUGCUGCUGUACGCGGUCAGGGUGGGCAGCAGCGUCAAGCUGACCCACACCCUGAGCAGCUCCCUGGCAGCCAGUCUGGCGGGGCUGGAGGAGGUGGAGCGCCACCUGCGCAGGAACACGGAGGAACAGCAGCAGCAGCAGCAACAACAACAACAACAACAACAGGGGGCAGCGGGAGGUGCGGGCCUCAGCAGCUCCUCCGCCUCCGCCUCCUACGCGGCCUACCUGGCGGAGGCUCGGGACUUCUUCCGCCAGGAGGUGGCGGCCAACAUCCGCUUCGGCUGCCUGCUCAAGACCGUCUUCUUCAGCGGCUGGAAGCAGGAGGCCAGCCUGUUCCUAGCCGCAUGGAUCGCCCGCAUGCUCCUAGCAGCAGCCGCACUGCCCGGACCCCUCCUCUCCUACGUCCCCGCAUGCUACCUGGACUGCGUCACCGACACCAUCUCCUCCGUACGACACGCCGCGGAAGCCGUCUGCGGUACGGCACUGCCGCCGGCGGCGCAGGCGCCCAGUGUGGCGGCGCUGCGGACCCACGGGUCGCUCGACGCGCUGAUCUCCCUGCUGGUGGUGCUGUUGCAUGAGCCGCGCAUCUGCACGCCUGACGCGAAGGAGGCGGUGGUGGGGUCGCUGGUGGCGCUGCUGGACAUGCAGCCGGCGGGGGCCAUGCUGGCGGAGUUCGAGGGGAGCGAGGUGGCGAGGGAGCGGCUGGUGGGGGCGGCGGUGGCGGCGUUCGACAGCCGACUGUGG